AUGUCACAUCUACAAAAUGCAAUUGGAUUCACUUGUCAAGCUACGCUCAGUUACAAGGGGCGACAUUUAAAUGUCAGCGGCGGAAACUUUCGAAUUGACCCAAUACAUCGUCGCAGUGCACCAUACCACCCAGCAACGAACGGACAAGCAGAAAAAUACGUACAAAUGCUCAAAGACAAACUCAAAGCAUUGAAAAGCAACACAAAAAACUUGGACCGAGAUGUAACACAUAUUCUUUUGUGUUAUCGACGAAUGCAACAUUCAGCGACGGGUGAGUCACCAUCACAACGCAUGUUUAAUCGACAAAUUCGUUCAAGAUUGGAUUUGUUAUUGCCGAACCACAAUACACAAACAAAAGAAACACCACCCGAAGUGACACGAAAAUUCCAAGUAGGUGAGCGCGUAUCAGUUCGCGACUACGCCGAUAAAAAGUAUCAAUUUGGGAGAAUUCACGAAGUGUUGGGCAAAUUGCAUUAUCAUGUUUUGCUUGACGAUGGCAGAAUGUGGAAGCGUCACACCGAUCAAAUUCAUCGUGUCGGCGAAGAAAUCAAACCUACACAGUACAAAACUACUCCCAAGGACGAAAACAUCGCCGAUUCGAACACAAACCCAAAACACACAUCAACACACACUCCGAACUCACCACCUCAAGCAACAGUGACAACCGAAGCAUACACAGAACCAGUCAUCGAUCCAGAACCAACUGUAUCCAGCGACAACACUCUGAAUUCAACUCCGAUUGCCACUGGUUUGCCGCCGAUUUCGGAAUUUAGAAGAUCAAACCGCGUACGCAACACAACUCAACGAUUGGCGUAUGACAACAACUUCAAUCAAAUUUAA